ACGCUGCAAACGGCAAUAAAGCAAAUUCAAUUGUGACUGCGGUUGUCAAACAAUUCUUGCGUGGCGUGUGUGCAGUAUCGAAUUUUUCCUCAUAACUACUAAAAGCCAACCGGAGGGUAAAAGACUGCCUGCCAACUGCCUGAAACAGGAACAGAGACAGGAACUGAAACCAAACAAGGAACUUGCAAACAACGCCGAACAUUCGUUGGACCAUUUUUGCUGUUUCCCGCAGACGGCCCAGAAGGGAACGGAACGAGCCACAUUAAAAUGGCUUUGAAUGGCUUUGGUCGGUCUGUCCUUUUAAUCGCCUUGUCGCUGCUCAGCGGAGCGCUGAUCCUGCCGCCGGCUGUCGCGCAGCGUGACGAGAACUAUCCACCGCCGGGCAUCCUGAAAAUGGCCAAACCCUUCCAUGACUCGUGUGUGGAGAAAACAGGCGUUACCGAGGAGGCCAUCAAAGAAUUUAGCGAAGGAGAGAUCCACGAGGAUGAAAAGCUCAAGUGCUACAUGAACUGUUUCUUUCACGAAAUUGAAGUGGUGGAUGAAAAUGGAGACGUUCAUCUGGAGAAACUCUUUGAGACAGUGCCUCGCAUGAUGCGAGAUAAACUGAUGGAAAUGUCGCAAAACUGUGUUCAUCCCGAAGGCGAUACCUUGUGCCACAAGGCCUGGUGGUUCCAUCAGUGCUGGAAAAAGGCCGAUCCUAAGCACUACUUCUUGCCUUGAACUCCUGGCUGAACUCGUUCUCUGAUUAACCCGUCUCUGACCCCGCACUAUUUAUGUAUAUGGUAGCUCAGUUUUUCACUGUUUUUCAAUAGCUGUCGAGAAAUAAUAAUAAUAAACGUAGACGAGUUGUGCAUGCAA